AUGCAUUACCCCACUGAGUAUGAUAAUCAUUCAGGCUCCAUCGGUAGUCACAGAAAUAUCAGCACAUUCAGCACCAAUGCCCACGCCAAUGAAGACUGGUCCAAAAUUUUCGAUCUCGCCGAGCGCCGUCACAUUCAGAACCGCAUAGCUCAGCGUAAUUACCGCAAGAAGCUGAAGCGCCGACUGGAGAAUCUGGAGAGACGAGCUGCGUCUUCAGCUUCUCCGGAAUAA